CCGAUCUACUCUCGAUGCUACAGCAGUCCUUGAAGCGAGUCGCGGCCGUCUCGUCUUCGGCUCUGAAGUCCGAUGCACAAUGCACUAUCUGCGCGUGCAGAUGCGGGACCACAUUCGGCAGCAAUGGCGGCUCAGUUCGAUGGUCAAGUUGGAGGAAGAGUCCUGCUGCGUGGAGGAAGAUAGACGGCCUUAGUCUAAGAAAAGGGAGCGAGGAAGGCUCCAAAAGAGUGGUACAAAUGCUACAACGUGAUCACGAAAGAGGGUACUUCAGCACGGGUCCGGAGCAAGUGGCAGGAUUUAUCAAGGCAUUUCACGCUCUGCAGCCCAACCUGCGCAGCUCGACCACGAUAGACCCAAGAAAGAUGCGCGAGAUUAUGGACGCACACGAUCUGUUGGACAAGGACUGCUGGCAGAUUCCGAACACUCUCCUCACUGUUGGAGACAAGUACGAUCGAAACACUGCCAAGAGGAUGUUGCUAUCCAUGUCUCGCGCGGGCGUGGUUGAGGCCACGAUCAGAGUAAUGGCACACGUUCUACUCGAGGCGAGAAGGAAACCUGAAAAGUUGAAGGCUCGAGAAAUCGAAUAUGCUAAGCAGCAUUUGUCACGGAUUGCCAGCGAGAAAGAGAACUUUCGCGCCAUGGUCUGCGAGGGCAAAGUGGCACGUGCUCUUGGCAAUGAAGCGCGAGCGAUCGAGAUGUGGACCGACGCAAUGGCCGCAGCUGUCGAAGAUGCGGAGGAGAAAGAGAGGGAGCGUCUUACUGGGUUCAAAGAUGUUCAGCAAUUUGCACCAGACCCCCUGGAACUAUCGAGCCCAUGGAUCGAGCUGAUGUUAAUACAUCGUUACAGAUCUGAGCGCAAAGGCAAAGACGAAAUGCAACAAUGUCGAUGGGCCAUGGAAGUUGGCUGCAAGCAAGACGAUCCGAUUUCAUUUUACCAUGCGUCCACGUUUGUGAAGCAGUAUGAUGCUCAGCACAACCAUAUGCCGACGAGUGAAUGGUUGUACUAUGUCACGAAAGCUGCCGCAUCGAAUCAUCCGAUUGCUGCAUAUGAGCUGGGAAAGUUCUACGCCGAGAGCGGUUGGAAAUAUCUCGAGGACGAGCCACCGAAUCACGUCAAACCAACACCUUUCGACUCGUUCCCAUCACCGACAGAAAAUUCGAUGCUGCAAAACGUGUUGCUCUUUUUUGGGCUUGCGAAGCAACCUGAAAUUAAACCAGAAGAAAGCCUCUUUCACAAUGCCAUUUUCCCUCACUCAGCCAAAGAACGAUAUAUGUUGGCUUUUGAAUGGCUCCAGAUAGCAGCGAAGUACUUUUAUGCUCCUGCUUUCCUAUAUCGCGCGCAAUUGCAUUUAGAGAAGAAUCUCUGGGCGCAAGCUGACGCUCCUGAGGCAGCUGUCAAGAUGACUGCAGAUCGGUAUGAGUAUGCCAGCGAAGAAGACUACAAGGCGGGCAAAGCCAUCCAACGACCGGAAGAGAAAGCGAAGGAAGAUCCUCCGAAUCCAUUCUACAACCCUACCGAGGCUCGAAAAUGGCUCCGCGAGAUCUUCUUCGCCUACGAAGCGGACUUUUAUUCUCAAGAAGUCAGAAAAGCACAAGCUGCAGCUGCCCGCCGUCGACGAGGCGCCGCCGGGGCCGAGGAAGAAGACGAAAUCCAGGAUGCAAAUUUGUUUUCCAAGCAGGGUGCCAACAUUCAGAAAUGGUUCCUGCAUCCAGAAGUGCGGGAUAUGUACGAGGAUGAACUUCCAGGCCUGUACCGGCAAGCGAAGAAGAUUUGUGACAACCGUGGCUGGGAUAUAUAUGACACUGACAAUGCUCUGAUAUAUAAGGCGGGUAGUGGGAGCAGCAGGUCUCUCAAUGUCGGCUAAGCCACUUGUUUGGUGCCGUCGCCUUUCGGUCAUAAACAGAAGCAUCAAGCACUUGUCAGUUAUGUCUGCUUUGUACUGAACACAACAGUUUCCAGCUCACCACCUCACUAUGUCUAAGACGCAGUCGUGGUCAAGACCAUCUCAAGUGGUGAGCUAAGAUCUGGCCCCUGAUAUCCACGACCUGUUUUCACUACAACAUGCCCACCGACUCGAUGAAGGAACCAGGAACGUUAACCUUUUGAAUCUGUCUCAAAGCCAACACAGCAUUAGCACAAUAUAUUCUCCGUAGUCCACACUCUAUACCAUCCACGUGUGAAACCCCA